UAAUAUUCUCUACGUUCUCGUUGCCCUCCACGCUGCCUUCUUAAAGCUUCAACUGUGUUGUGGCCUCACGCCUUGCACCAGUGAUAUUCUUCAUAUUAUAGCCACCAAUGAAGAAGAUAGGUCCCUGCCCCGUGGAGGUUAAAGUCUAAAACUUGACACAAGGCGAAGCUUCAGUGUGAAGGAAAAUUAAGAUGAGGAUAAACAGAGGAAGACAGGAUAAUGUGGAGUGGUCUGAAGAGCAGGAAGCUGCAGCACAAGCAAAAGUCCAAGAGAACAGCACGGAGUUGGUAUCACAAGAUCAGCAAGAUGUUUAUGAGAUCAAUGCCAACAAAUAUUGGAGUGACUUCUACAAAACCCAUGAAAAUGGGUUUUUCAAGGACCGGCACUGGCUGUUCACCGAAUUUCCUGAGCUGGCUCUAAACCAAUAUGAAAGUCAGGUUGACAUAUGUGUCUCUGAGGCUGCUGUAGAAAACACCAAAAACUCAGACCAUAGAGACUGCUGUGGCAAUGGACUUGCUUCAGUGUCGACUGCAAUCUCAGAACAUCUGGACUUUGAGACAAACACCAUCCACCAAUUGCACACAGAAGAUGAAGUGGCAACACAGAAACUGGAGGAACAAAAAUUAAGAAGUGAUGACUUCCCAGGGUCAUCUGCUGCUUACCGAAUUCUAGAGGUGGGCUGUGGUGCAGGAAACACAGUUUUCCCCAUCCUCCAAACCAACACUGAUCCAGGCUUGUUUGUAUAUUGCUGUGACUUCUCCACAACGGCGGUUGAACUUGUUCAGGCCCAUCCAGAAUAUGAUACCUCUCGCUGUUUUGCCUUCGUGCAUGACCUGUGUGAGAAUCAGAUCCCCUUUCCAAUGCCAGAUGAAAGCGUUGACGUUGUGGUUCUCAUCUUUGUCCUUUCAGCAAUUCAUCCAGAAAAAAUGCAGUGUGUAAUCAACAGUCUUAGCAGGCUUCUAAAGCCUGGUGGAAUUAUUUUGUUGCGCGAUUAUGGCCGUUACGAUCUAGUUCAACUCCGCUUUAAGAAAGGUCAGUGUCUGGCUGAUAACUUCUAUGUGAGAGGAGAUGGCACCAGAGUUUAUUUCUUCACACAAGAUGAGUUGGAUUUGCUGUUCUCCACAGCUGGCUUGGAGAAAGUCCAGAACUUAGUGGACCGCCGCCUCCAAGUGAACAGGGGGAAACAAGUCACCAUGUAUAGAGUCUGGAUCCAGUGUAAAUAUUGCAAGCCUCUCCGGCCAAGGGGUGAUAAGGAAUCUCUGGGAGAAAGGACCACCUCUCACCCUUGUGGCUGCGUGUAAUGAGACCUUCCUGUCCUGGGAGCUGCCCCCAUGAUGCUGGGGAAAUAUUGCAGAAUUGAUGUAGCAAUAGGAUUGCUACUGGCACUAGCCUCUGUGCGGAGUGAAAGUUUUAAAUUUGUAGUGUGGGUGGAAAGACACUUCUUGGAAAACACUUGUAAUUAACUUUAAUACAGCUUUGUGACUUGCAGAGUCA